GUAUUACUAUAAUAACCGACCCCGGACGUGGCAGAUCAUAACAAAACUCCGUCAAAAUGGGGCUUUGUAAAUGUUCCAAGAAAAAAGUAACCAAUCAGUUUUGUUUUGAGCACAGGGUCAAUGUCUGUGAGCAGUGUAUUGUUGAGGAGCAUACAACAUGUGUUGUCCAGUCGUACCUUCAUUGGCUAGAUGGCAGUGACUAUAAUCCUGUGUGUCGGAUAUGUGAUGACCAGUUGGCUGCAGGAGAGUGUAUACGACUUGUUUGUUAUGAUUUGUUUCACAAGGAGUGUCUAAAUGACUGGGCAAGUCGAUUACCACCUCACACAGCACCUGCUGGAUAUAAAUGCCCAGUCUGUUCUGAGGCAAUAUUCCCUCCUGCAAAUUAUGUCUCUCCUGUGGCUGAGCGGUUAAGGGAGACUCUUGCCAUCUUCCCAUGGGCGCGAACGGGACUUGGACUGCCUCUGAUAGCAAAUGCUGGGAACAGUGAUGAACCUGACUGGAGUGCAGCCAAUGGUACCACUGUUGCUGAAAUGGACAGCAGUGACCAUUUGUCAUCCAUCCAUUCAAGACCAGCAGUUACACAGGCAAAACCUAUGGGAGAAACUAAGACGCGCAAUAUAGACACAACAACUAGAGUUCAUGAUCACGGCAGUAGUAAGAGCUGUGGAGGCACUGUUAGUGACAGUGGUAGCACUAAUGUGAGAGUUACUGCCAUUGAAGACCCUCCUAUCACUCCAUCUCAGUUUAGAGAGACUCACCAUCCUACUGGCAGUGGUGUAACACGCAAAGGAUCUUCCUCUGAAACACGACUUACUGUAAAUGACAAAGCAGAUGUUGAUGAUGAUGAAAAUAAAUAUAAGAGAAGAUCUGCCAUUGAAUGGUUUGGCAGAUGGUGGAGAACUAUGAGUCGUCCACCAUCACGUCACCAUCAAAGUUUGAUAGGGGGACGACGACGUAUGAUUAUAGUUUUAGUAUUGCUAGCUUGUGCUACUUUGUUAGUAGUUCUGUCAUACUUAGGACAUGGAGCUUCAGAUAAUGAUCCUUUACUUGACCCACAUCAUAACCCCAACAUUCAUGUUGAGGGAGAGUAAGUGCAAUAGCUCUGUGUUGUGGUAUUACGUGAAAUUAAUUGUAAUUUAAAGGACAGUGACAAGUCAAGUAAUAGAAUCAUAGAAGGUCUUGCUUCACCAACAAGUUUUCCUGGCCAUUAGUAAAGUUUGAUACAAAAAAUCUUAUUGAAAUACAUUAUUAAUGCAGUAAAUUGAAAAUUACAAGGCAUUGCAAUUUAUUUGCUCAAGUCAACAGGAUAAAAGAGAAAUUUGAGGGAAGUUCGCAUAUUCUUAAAAUAUAAAUGGAUGGAUAUCUUUGUACAGUAUGUAUGUAAAGGCAAUUUUCAUCCAGAUAAAACAUUUGAAACACAAUUUGUUUAGUGUUUGAAUAAAAGAACUGAUAAUAUUGCAUAUCUAAAGAUAAAAUGGCAUUCAGCCCUUUCUUAAACAAGUAGCAAUUAUUUUAUUAAGAGCUAGACUUAAGCAAGUGCCUAUUAAAACUAGCAGGAUGAAUAUAUAAAUCAUAGGUGUUUUUUAAAUUAACUGCACAUUUUCCAUAUUCUGUAUUGGUAUCAUUACUCCAUUAUUCUUGUUUCAAAUUCUUCAGUGGUUACUCGGUCAUCCUUUUCAUUAAUUAGCUUCUGUGCACAAGAAUAUAUAUAUAUAUAGUAGGUUGUUGUUGACCUGUAUUGCAUUCAUUUGGUUUAACUUAUGCCAUUUGACUUUAUUGUUUAUAUAUAUAUAUAUAUAUAUAUAUAUAUAUAUAUAUAUAUAUAUAUAUAUAUACAUAAAAUAUAAUAUAUAUUUACUUUAGGAUAUUUUAUGGAUUUUUCUUUAUCAUAAUGUGGAUCUAAAAAAAAUAUUAUUGUUUUAUGUUACCUGUUGCUGAUUAUAUGUUUUGGAAACUCCCAUAAGCUUUGAAUAUAAAAAUACACAUGAAUAUAUUCUAACAUUAAAUUGGUGUAAAAUCAUUUUGAUAAUACAUUUGGUCGAUAAUCAUUUUCUUGGAUCAUAGAUAUCAUAUGAUAACCGAGCCUACUAAGUGUAGGCUCGGUUAAAGUUGCCUUUAUAGUCAAACAUUAAAAUAUAAAUUAUUAUAAUGUAGCUUUGAGUGAUAUUAUUUUCUUAUUCUUUCCUAAACAGAAUUCUUAUGCAACUCAAGUGUAAAUCAAAUUGGUAGAAUCAUGGCCCAAUAAUGUGUGUGUCUUUUUUUUACCAAAAUCUUUUGUUUCUGGUAUUAAGUCAUAUAUAUUCGCAUCAAUUGAUCUUUAUGACUAUUUUUGGUGACAUUGGUGGUAUAUACAAUGCUAAAUAAAUUACUUAAAAUGGUAAUUCCUGAUUUCCUGUUUGCCUUUCUCCAUAGGAUGGGCAGCUCCCAGAUAUAUUUUUUAUUAAUGAUUCUAGGGUCAUGACAUGACAGUGCCAACCUGCAUGUAAGACCAAACUACAAUCCAUCAGUCUAAAGCCAGAGUUUUAUAUAUGUAUGUAUGGCUUACAUGCAGACAUUGUUUUUACAUGAGUGCAUGCACACAGGUACAGAUAUAGCUCGGCAUACACAUACAAACGUACUCAACCCUGGAAUAUUAUUUUGUUAUAUUUUAUUUAUUAAAAUGAACAAAUAAGCAGCUUAUUUCCCUAUUUUGGUUAAGUUUUUGUGCCAACCAAGCACAAUGUGAUGGUGUGUGUAAUAUAAUGUAUAAAAAAUUAUGAAAAAUAAAAUUUUAAAUAAAUAAAUAUUAUACUGUG